AAUACUUUUAAUCUCAGUUUUCCAGAAGACUUUGUUGAUGUGUGGGUGGGUGGCAGCGGUGCCCAGAGGAUGCCCCGUGCAGAAAAUUCUGGCGGUGCUGGACCAGUGAUGAUAGAGCCCACCCUGAGACCAAAUCCAGUCCACACGAUUGGCCCUAUCCUGGACUGUAUGGAGAUGUGCGGCAGAGACGAAGGGCUGAGUCUGGCUGAGUGUGAUCAGAUCAGGCACGAGCUCACAUUCGUCAGCAGGUUCAAAGAGUUGGUUGCUACAGUCAACAAUGCCGGAGACAAGCGUCGUCGCCUACUGGGUGCAUCUGUGGAGGUUUGCCUGCCAGAGAGAGCAGCAAUGUUCCCCAGACAAGAGAGAGGUAAUGACUACUUCAAACCCAUUUUCUGUUGUUGUUGUUAA